CUUUCUUUUUAGCUGAUAGUGAUAGGCUAAACCUCUCAGAUCCAUCAAAAUAGUUUUUGAGUAACGAAUCCACACAUUCCUGAACGGAUCAACGUCGGACCCCACUCUCCCACUAUACACCUUCCGCACAUUAUCCAAACAAAAAAACAGAGAGUUUUAGAGAGGAGAUUCUUUGUAAUUAGAGAAGAACCAGUGUCACAGUCUAAAGUCUGUUCCUUUUUCUUACAUAAACUGAAUCUGAAGAGGUUAGAUUCGGAUUGUCAAUGAACUUAUUAGAUGAAGAGCUGGAGGUUGAGAACGGGGUGAAAAACGGUUGCUUUCCGCUUGCUUUCGAGUUAGAACCAGAGACCAUAGCGAUCCAAGAAGCUGUCAGAGUCAUAUUAAAAGGUCUUGGUGAAGAUCUCAAUCGUGAAGGCAUUAAAAAGACUCCCUUUCGUGUCGCCAAGGCUCUCCGACAAGGAACCAGAGGUUAUAAACAGAAAGUACAAGACUUUGUACAGAGUGCUCUGUUUCCAGAAACAGGGUUGGACGAUGGGCAAGCAGGAGGAGUGGGAGGUCUCGUUGUUAUCCGAGAUCUAGACCAUUACUCUUACUGUGAAUCUUGCUUGCUUCCUUUUCAAGUCAAGUGCCACAUAGGAUACGUCCCUUCUGGGCAACGUGUUCUUGGCCUGAGCAAAUUCUCUAGAGUCGCCGACGUUUUCGCUAAGCGGCUACAAAAGCCUCAGCGUUUAGCUGAGGAGAUUUGCUCUGCUCUGCAGCAUUGGGUGGAACCUUCUGGAGUCGCUGUGGUUCUCCAGUGCUCUCAUCCCCACCGUGGUUUUGUGGAGGUAACGGUUAGUUCCGGUUCAGGGGGGUUUGAGGAUGAGAGUUCUGAUCUUUGGUGUGAGUUUCUGAGUCUUUUGAAGUUCAAAGGCGUGAAACUGAGUAGAGAUGUCUCUGUGGUGGAAGACUGGUGCCCGUUUGGUAUUGAAGACUCUUCAGAUACAGACUCAGAAAUGGUUUCAGCUGUGGUCUCUGUUCUGAGAGCUUUAGGAGAAGAUCCCGCAAGGAAAGAGCUAGUUUCCACUCCAACGAGGUACCUUAAACGGAUGAUGAAGUUCCAGAAAGUUAACUUUGAGAUGAAGCUGAACAGGUUCGACUGCAAACUCAAGGAGAGAAGGCUGAGUUGUGAGACGAAUAUCAAGUUUUGGUCAAUGUGUGAGCACCAUUUGCUUCCUUUCUAUGGAGUUGUGCAUAUUGGCUACUUCUGUGGUGCUGGACCAAAACCUGUUGAGAGGUCGCUGGUGGAGUCUAUUGUAAAGUUUUAUGGGUUUAAGCUUCAAGUGCAAGAGAGGAUGACUAGGCAAAUAGCGGAGACAUUGUCGCCACAGGUUAAUGGGGAUAUAAUCGUGGUGGUGGAAGCUGAGCAUACUUGUAUGAUCUCUAGGGGGAUUGAGAAGUUUGGGAGUAGCACAGCUACAGUUGCGGUUUUAGGUCGGUUUUCGAGUGACCUUUCUGCAAGAACUAAGUUCCUAGAGAGUAUUCAGAAAACAUAAUAGAAGAGGCAUAUUGUCUCUCGUAGUAUUAGAUAGAGAUUUAGAAACAGGGAUCACAAGACAGAUCGGUGUUCCAUGUUUGUUGUCUUUUUAUGGUUCUGAUUUGUUUCCUAUUUUCUACCAUUGUUUUGUGUUAUGAUUUCUCAUGCCUAAGUAUGUUUGGCUUUGAAAUAUAUUUUAAUAUGUUCUUCUGAUUAUGAUAGACAUAAAUUACAUCUUAAAAAUUGUAAAGUUCCGGUGUGAGUGAGGAGC